AUGAGCACGGCCGCCAGCCCCGAGCCCCUGCCCGAGCCCCCCGCCCCUGGGCCCCGCUGCCCCCAGGACGACGCCGAGUUCCUGCGGGCGCGGAGCGGGGGGGGCGACCUGCGCCAGGACUUCAACCUCAUGGAGCAGAAGAAGCGGGUGACCAUGAUCCUCCAGAGCCCGUCCUUCCGGGAGGAGCUGGAGAGCCUGAUCCAGGAGCAGAUGAAGAAGGGGAACAACUCGUCACACGUGUGGGCGCUGCGGCAGAUCGCUGACUUCAUGGCCACCACGUCCCCCGCCGCCCUGCCCACCUCCCCCAUGGGGCUGGCAUCGGUCACCCCCAUUAACGACCUGCACGGCACGGAGGGGCCGGCGCUGGCCAAGGGCGAGCGGCUGAUGCGCUGCAAGGUGGGCAGCAUCCACCGGCUGCUGGACCUGUACGGCUGGGCACAGCUGGGGCACGCCGCCGUCACUCUGCGGGUCAGCAAGGAGCAGGAGCACUUCCUGGUGGCCCCGCAGGGCUUGGCGUGCAGCGAGGUGACCGCGGCCAGCCUGGUGAAGGUGAACGUGCUGGGGGCCGUGGUGGAGCAGGGCAGCACCGGCUUCGCGCCCGACGCCCGCAGCUUCAGCCUCCACGCCGCGAUCUACGCGGCGCGCCCCGACAUCCGCUGCAUCGUGCGGCUGCACACCCCGGCCGCGGCCGCUGUGUCGGCCAUGCGCUGCGGGCUCCUGCCCAUCUCGCGGGCCGCACUGCUCCUGGGGGACGUCGCCUACUUCGACUUCCGCGGGGAGGUGGAGGAUGAGGCCGACCGGGUGGAGCUCCAGAAGUGCCUCGGGCCCACCUGCAAGAUCCUGGUGCUGCGGAACCACGGGGUGCUGGCGCUGGGGGACACGGCUGAGGAGGCUUUUUACAGCAUCUUCCACCUGCAGGCGGCCUGCGAGGUCCAGGUGUCGGCGCUGGCGAGCGCAGGCGGCGCUGAGAACCUGAUCGUGCUGGAGGGGGCCAAGCAGCGGGUGCCCCACGGCCCCAGCGCCGUGCGCCGCGCUGGCACCACCUUCGGGCCCCUGCACAAGAGCCGCCUGGGCGAGCACGAGUUCGAGGCCCUCAUGAGGAUGCUGGACAACCUGGGGUACCGCACGGGCUACACGUACCGCUACCCCUUCGUGCAGGAGAAGAGCAAGCCCAAGAGCGACGUGCUCAUCCCGGCCACCGUGACGGCCUUCGUGUUCGAGGAGGAGCCCGCCGGGACCCCCGCGCUGCGCCAGCACGCCCAGAAGCAGCAGAAGGAGAAGACGAGGUGGCUCAACACCCCCAACACCUACACCAGGGUCAACCUGGCCGAGGAGCCGCAGGGCGGCGGCCAGAGGACAAAGACCACGUGGCUGCGAGCGGACGAGGUGGAGAAGGGCACCAGUGGGACCCCCAUUCGCAUCGAGAACCCCAACCAGUUCGUGCCCCUCUACACGGACCCGCAGGAGGUGCUGGAGAUGCGCAACAAGAUCCGGGAGCAAAACCGCCAGGACGUGAAGUCAGCCGGGCCCCAGUCACAGCUGCUGGCCAGUGUCAUCGCCGAGACCAGCCGCAGCCCCUCCACCGAGAGCCAUCUGGGGGAUGCAGAGGCCAAGGAGGGCUCCCGGGAAGAGGCUCCCCCCGAGCCAGAGCCCCCCAACCCCUUCAGCCAGCUCACGGACCAGGAGCUGGAGGAGUACAGGCAGGAGGUGGAGAGGAAGAAGCGGCUGCAGGGCGAGAAGGACGCAGCGGCCGAGGAGAGCGGGGCUCCCCCACCCAAACCGCCCCCCAGCUCCACCCCGGAGCCCCCGGCGCCCACGGAGCCCACGGAGGGUGACAAGAAGGUGGAUGGCGGCCAAGCCCUGGUCGAUUCCACCGCCAAGAAGGAGCCGCCGGUGGUGGUGAACGGGAAGGACGAGGAGCAAAGCACCGAGGAAAAGCUGGGAAAAGGGGGGACGGACCGGACAGCCCCCAACGCCGACCAGGAUGUCCCCAAGGAGAAGGAGACGGUGACCAGCACCCCCGUCUCCCCCGACGGUUCACCCUCCAAAUCCCCCUCCAAGAAGAAGAAGAAAUUCCGGACCCCGUCUUUCCUGAAAAAAGGCAAAAAGAAGGAAAAGAUCGAAUCCUGAGUCUCCCCAGAGGCCUCGCUGGCAGUGGUGGCCAUCCCUGGGAUCCCCGGGAACUCUGGGGCGGGGGGACGGCUCCUGCCUCGUGCGUCUGGCCGAGGCCCAGCCCCAAACCCCCGGAAUCCGGCUGCUUUCCGGGUCCUCCUGGCACGAGGCACCUCGUCCCCCUUGUCACCUGCUUCCGGAGGCGGUCACCGAGCUUAGAGAGACUGUGGUCCCCCUCUGGGGAAAUUCCCGCUGCAUCUCCCUCCCCUCUCCCUCCCGGGCUCUGGCCCCUUCCCACCAGGAGCCGAGGGUUGGAUUUUCCCACCAGAGCCCGGAUCUGCUUGAUUUGAGGAAGAAAAGGGUGUUUUGUGGUUAUUUUCUUCACCUUCUGUUUCAAGCUCUGCUGGAAUGGCGUUGGCUUCAUCCCCAGGGAAAACUGCCUGUUGCUUCACCGGGAGAAUGGGAUCGAGAUGAAGGUGGGCGAUUGCUCUUCCCAAAGGAGAAGCCAAGGUUUCUCCUUCCUGGAUCGUAAUCUUCCUCUCCUUGGGCUGAAGAACCGCUUCCUCCCCUUCCCCUGGUGCUCCCACCCCACGUCUCCCCCACCCGAGGAAGAGCAGCAGGAUUCCCCGCCACUGGAAAAGCCCCCACCUCACCGCACGACCCGCACCUGGGAAAAUAGGGAAAAAAACCACCUCCGGGAAUCGUCUGUGUUAUUUAAAACUGAGCAAAACUCACUCACUAAGUGCUACUUCGGGAUGAACACACGCUGCCAACUCCCGCCGGCACCCCCCGGCCCCGCUCACACCGCCCCACCCACGAGGGAUCCCCGCUUUUCCCAGCUCUGGACUCCCAGCACAAGUUCAAUCCUUCCUGGUGUUCCCUUCCCUCCCAGUGUUACAACCUCCCAGCCAAACCUCUUCCCAGGAAGAAAAGCCCCAGCCCUGCUGGUCUUCCCUGCAGCCGCUCCAGUGCUGGGAUUUUGGGGGUAAACCAACGGAUCAGCCCCCCAGCCUCACCCUGAGCCCUCCAGGAGGUCCUGUCCGGGGGGCUCUGGGGCACCCCAGAACCCCUGUAUUGGGGUUUCCUCACCCCCAGCAGGAUUUUCCCCUGUGCCAUCACUGUGGUUUCGAGGCUUUGCACCACUGUGAGGCAGCUCAGGGGUUGGAUCCCCUCUGGAAGAGCAGGAAGCCCAUGGGAUGGGGUGUGGGGAGGGAUUGGGGUACAGGAAAUAGCAGAGAGACCCCUGGGCAGGGAUGUUCCCAGACCCCCAUAGCCAACCCAAGCCUGGAGUUUGGGAAGAGCCUUUACCCUGCCCAGUGUCCCUCCCAGGUCCCUAUCCUGCUCCUGCAGGGACUGGGGGGACCAAGGGGAGCCCUCAGACCCCCUCUGUGCCCCCAGCCCUGUCACCAGGGGGGCUGUUCCUCACUGCCACUGAUUUUAAGGCUCUCUGAGGCCAUUUUGUCCCCGAGCCUGUUCCCCCUGGGUGACCCGGGGCAGCAGAACCCCCAGGGAUAGCUGUGUCACCUCUCCGGGUGGCACCAUCACACCCGGGGGGCAUUCCUGAAUGACAGCACUGCCACACAGCCCAGCCCAGCUGGGGGGUGUCCUGGGGGCUUUGGCACCCCUUUGUCCCUGAGGGUCUGUCCCCAGGGCCUUUGCCACUCCUUUCUCCAAGGACCAUGGGCUUUGCAGGGGUGACAGGGAUUGAUUUCCCUGUCCGUGGAAUUCCGGGGCUCCUGGGCAGGGAGGGAUUCGGUGUCCCAGCAGGGACAAAGGCUCCAGUGCCACCAUCACCCCCACCACGAGGGCCCGUCCUGGCUGCGCAGCUGGAAGGACAGGGAUCCAAGAUCACAUCCCAGGAUCACCCUUGGGAUAACCUCCCCGUCCUGGCUCCCUGCUUCCCCCUCCCCUCGCUCCAGCGAGGCUCAGGGUGGGGGUCUCUCCAGGGCAGGCAAAUCCCUGUCCGGGGCCUGUGCCGGGGAACAGAGCUGGAUCCCCGUGUUGGCCGCGGGGAGGGCAAUUCCAUGGAUCCAGCUGGAUUCAGAGCCCCUUUUCCCACCAGGGGCUGGGCGGGAUGAAGCCCCGGGAACGCCGCCGGGAGCAGGCGGGAUGGGGGAUGUCCCCGCGUGUGACAAUCGCGGCCGGGAGCGGUGGAACGCCGGUGUAAAUAAACAAAUCAACCCCGUGUUUGGCA